AUGUACCCGAGGAAUAAAUAUAUCCUUUCCUCUCUUGUGAUUCUCAAUAAAUACACUAACAUCCAUACCCUAUAGUCCCUCUCUUUCUUCCAAUCAAUCCAUUUUCUCAUUGCUUAGCUUCUUCUUUAGUACUUUGUGACUCAAGGUGUAUUAGUGUUUUAUGUGAUUAUGGGAAUUGAGAAGCCAGCAUGGUUGGAAGCAAUCUGCACAGAGAAAUUCUUUGCCCCAUGCCAAAUUCACGAGAGUGCAAAGAAGAACGAGAAGAAUAUUUGUUGCUUGGAUUGCUGCAUAAGUAUUUGCCCUCAUUGUGUGAUGGCUCAUCGUUUCCACAGAUUAGUUCAAAUUCGACGUUAUGUUUAUCAUGAUGUUGUUCGACUUGAAGACUUGGAGAAGCUCAUAGAUUGCUCAAAUGUCCAGGCGUACACAAUAAACAGUGCGAAAGUGAUUUUUAUCAAGAAAAGACCUCAAAAUAGGCAAUUCAAAGGAUCUGGAAAUUAUUGUACUUCUUGUGAUAGAAGCCUUCAAGAACCCUUUGUCCAUUGCUCUCUAGGGUGCAAGGUGGAUUUUGUGCUAAAACACUACAAGGACAUUUCUCCAUUCCUAAGGAGAUGCACAACUUUACAACUUAGUCCAGAUUUCUUUAUCCCUCAAGAGAUGGCCGACGACGACACGGCCCAUUCGACGAUCGUGGACAGCGACGAGCCGUGGGGCUCGUCGACGUCCGGUUCGUCGGGAUCGGAGAACAUGAUGAUGAUGAUGAGUGCUACUACUUUCCCAUGCACUGAGUUUGUGAGGAAGAAGAGAAGUGGAUUAUAUGUAUGUGGAAGAACACUAGUUAAUAGUAAUUAUAAGAAUAUAAGUAGUGAUGAGGAUAUGGCUACUAGUAUGAGUAGAAGAAAAGGCAUUCCUCAUAGGUCUCCUUUGUGUUAGAAUUUAAUUUAGUAGCUACCACAAUUUCUUUUAUUUCUCUCAUAUUUUAAUUUCCUUAAUUUGACCACUUCAACUAGGAAUUUUUUUA